CUCACAACCACUGUUGAAUAUCGACAAGCAUAACCACGGAGAAAGUGGGCCGAAGUAUGAAAAAUGUCCUGGUUGUGUCCUUUGGAUUCUUGCUGUUGUUUACUGCGACUGGAAGCCUUCUGAAUCUACAGAGCAGUUUGAACACUGAAGAAGGAGUAGGUGUGGCCUCAGCAAGUGUGCAGUUUGCCUCCAUCAUUCUGUCCUCCAUGUUUGUUUCCCCCUUGGUUAUAAAAUACCUGGGCUGCAAGUGGACCAUUGUUGCUGCGAUGGGAUGCAAUGUUGUGUACACAGUUGGAAACUUCUAUCCAGGAUGGGAAACCUUGCUCCCUACUUCAAUAAUCCUUGGAUUUGGGGAAUCUCCUUUAUGGUCAGCUACAAGCACCUAUCUUACCAUAAAUGGUAGAAAACAAGCGGAGAAGGACAAAAAGAAGACCCAAGAUGUGAUAAACCAGUACUUCGGGAUCUUGUUUCUGCUGUACCAGUCUUCAGCAGUCUGGGGAAAUCUAAUGUCCUCCAUUGUCUUCGGGCAAGACUCAACCUCAGUCAACAUCAGUGAGAGUGAUCUACAGUUCUGUGGAGUGGGUAGCUGUGGCAACAUCAGCGAGGCCCCAAGCAAUUCCACCAGACCACCGGAGAGAUUAGUGCACACUCUGAUGGGCUGCUAUGUUGGUGUAGGUGUGCUGGCCAUGCUCUUAGUGGCUGUGUUUCUGGAUAACAUUGACCGAGAUAUGACACUGGAGUUUAGAAGCAACAAGGAGCCAUUCUGCAGCACUUUCUUGGCCACAUUUAAACAGCUAAACGAUAGGCGUCAGGUGUUUUUGAUCCCAGUCACUGCCUACAUUGGUCUGGAGUUGGGUUUUCUCAAUGGGGAGUACACCAAGGAAUAUGUGACCUGCGCUUUGGGACUACAUUUUGUUGGAUAUGUGAUGAUUUGCUUUGGUGCCACAAGUUCCCUGUUUUCCUACGCGUUUGGGCGUCUGUCACAAUAUUCUGGACGGGUAGCUCUUUUCGCUUUGGCCACAACCACCCAGUUUACCUGUAUCCUGGGUCUGUUGUUCUGGAGGCCUCACCCAGACCAGCUGCCAGUGUUCUUUGUGUUUCCUGCCCUCUGGGGCCUGGCAGACGCUGUGUGGCAGACACAAACCAAUGCACUCUAUGGUGUUCUCUUCCAUGGCCAGAAGGAGGCAGCAUUUGCCAACUAUCGCCUAUGGGAGGCUGUGGGAUAUGUAAUAGCAUUUGCUUGUAGCCGUUUUCUCUGUGUGAAUACCAAGCUAUACAUCCUUAUGGGAGUUCUUCUGCUCUCAGUGACACUUUGUUUUUCAGUGGAAUAUGGUGAAUACAUUAGCCCUACACCAAGUGAGGACAACACUAUCGAUGCGAAACUGGAGAUAAAGAGCACAGAACUCAAUGAGGAUAAUGAUACAGAAUGUGAUAAAGUGUUGUAAACAUUGUCAAAUGUACUUAGCCACACUAUGGCUAUCAGCAUGUGUGAGAUUCUUUUUACAAUAAAAAAUGUGAA